GAUACGUUUUACACAGUCUAUUUAGCGCCUUUAAGAAACGGUUAAAAGGAACAGCGGAGUUCUCCUUUGAUGGGAUUUGGUGCGAGUGAAAGCGAGGUAUUUUGAACGUAACUGUCAAUCACCGCGGUUAAGAACCGCCCAUUACUGGAUAGGGGUAUAUUUAGAGCUGGUGAGGGUGCACAUUACUGUCAUUCAAGCUCUGAUAGUCAGGAGGUAAGGAUGCCUGCGUCACAAACAGGCAACUUCUUUGAGAGAAAUAUCAACAUGCCCCCUGGAUAUCAGAUACCGUUUUUGGGAGGUCCAGCUGGGGUACAACAGCAACAAGCCCCUUAUCUUGCUGCGAUGGCUGGGGUACCUUUGACAUAUUCCGGACUACAGGGAUACAACUUCAUCCCCUAUCCACACCACAGAUACAUUGCGAACAUGAACAACUCUUUCGACCUGAAAGCUGUCUCUCCAUAUCAUCAAGCGCUUCUCGGCGGAGGAGGUCCAUUCUACCCGCAAUACCGACCAGGCGCAACCGAUGACCUGAUCAGGGUCGCCAAGGUGGCUACCCGGGAAAGCACCAGCGCGCUCAAGGCCUGGUUGAACGAGCAUCUUAAGAACCCGUAUCCCACGAAGGGUGAGAAGAUCAUGCUUGCUAUUGUAACAAAGAUGAGCCUCACGCAGGUGUCCACUUGGUUUGCCAACGCCAGGCGACGACUGAAGAAGGAUAAUAGGGUAAACUGGGUGUCCAAUGGGAAAUCUGACGAGGAGGGCGAGAGCGACGAAGAGGAGGGCGAGGGCUCUCUGCAGAAAACCCGUUUGGACGAAGAAGAUGAGAUAGAUCCUCCAACCGAAGAUGACAAUGAGGAUAUUGGACAUAGAGUAUCCAACUCAACGACAGAGCCGGUGGAUGAGCGCCUUGUGAAACAGUCAAACGACGACAAUAGAGCUGGUAGGCUCGCGGCGCACGCGGGAAAUGUGGUAAAGAAUGACACAGAAUCCAAAUCAUUUCCAGCUAAUCUGGAAAGUAAAGAUAACGUUGAGUGUCAAAACCCCAAAAUAUGGUCUUUGGCAGAAACCGCGACAUCGGAAACGGGGAAAAAGCCCCAGUACAGUGCUUGUCAUCCUGGCACACAAGUUGGCAAAUUCUGGGCAGAAUGGGCAUCAAGGAACGGACUGUACAUUCCCGUAUACCCUGCUCACGAUAUUCUAUAACAGAGCAUUUAUUAUUUAAAACAGUCGAGGACAAAUUUGUACAGCUUAUGCACUUUAAAAUACCAAAUUCCAUGGCGUGGGUCUACUUUUCGACGUUUAAACGUGGACUAAUUUGCUAUGAAAAUGCUGGGUAUAUGUUUGUUAGGCUACUUGUAAGACCAACAACUCUUACGGAACAUGUUAUGUGUACAUAUGUGUAUAUAUAUUUUCGAUGAACAAUCUGUAAAUUCUUAUUUCAUUUGUCUUAUCACAAAAAAAUAUUUUGGUAAAAAUAAAAUCGCUCAAAAUAUAAAAUAA